AUGACAACAUCACAAAAGUGUAGUUCUUCUACAAUUCUCGAACAACCAUAUGGUAUUGUAACAACACGAUGUAUACCUGGUUGGUAUCGUCGUCCAUUACCUGAAAUAGCCAUACCUUUCAAUUCUGAGAAAGGCAAACGUUUAUUUCGUGAAGCACUUCUUAGUGAUGGUUUACAUGGAUAUUUUAGUUUAGCAGAAACAUUUCAUACUCAAGCUGAACCUUCAUAUUGUGGUCCUGGAACACUUUCAAUGGUAUUGAAUAGUUUGAAUAUUGAUCCAGGUUAUAUAUGGAAAGGUAAUUGGCGUUUUUUUGAUGAAAAUACAUUACGUACAUGUGAUAAACGUAAACCAAAAGAUAAUCCAUUAGAAAAUAUUCUUGAAGAAGGUAUUACAUUUGAAGAAUUUCUUUAUCUAGCAGAAUGUAAUGGUGCUUCAAUAAUUCCAUUUCUUGCUUCAAAUACAACACUUGCACAAUUUCGUUCAGCUAUUCUUGUUGCUUGUACACGUCGUUUAGAUGAUAUUCGUCUUGUAUGUAGUUAUAAUCGUAGUACACUUCAACAAACAGGUACUGGCCAUUUUUCACCAAUAGCUGGAUAUCAUUCACAAGAAGAUCUUGUACUUAUACUUGAUGUUGCAAGAUUUAAAUAUCCAUCACAUUGGAUACCUAUUGAAUUACUAUGGCAAUCAAUGUGUACUAUUGAUUUAAUAACAGGAAAAUCUAGAGGUUUUUAUUUAAUUUCGAAAUGGUCAAGUGAUUUUUCUAUUCAAUGUAAUAUAAAUAAUUGUAGUGAUAUUAGUGAAGAAAAUUCAUCAAUUAAUAAAAUAUUUUGUUCAUCAGAAGAAAGUCUUUCAUUAUUUAUUAAUAAUAAACUUCUUUCAAUUGUUGAUUUAACUGCAUCAAUUGAAACAAUAAUUAUUACUAUUUUACAAUCAAUAUCACCUAUUGUUAUACAAUUAAUUACAAAAUGGACAUUUGAUCUAAUGCAAAAAUAUCGUUUAAAUGCUGUAAUGAAUUCAAAAUGUGUUCAAGAAUGUAAUUGUAGAAAUCUUUUUGAAUUAUAUCCAUCAUUUAUACCUGAAAAUAUUAAUGAUUCUAUAAAAAAUGAUAAUUCAGAAUGUAAAAAACCUUGUGCUCGUGUUACUCGUUCACAUGUUCAUGCUUAUGCCAUACCGACUAAAUGUGCUUUGAAAGCUUUUAUUGAAUUAUUUGAAAAAGAUAUUAAUCAAAAACUUUAUCAAAUACUUGAACAAAUGAAUAUUGAACAAUAUUUAACUAUAAAACAAGAUAAAACAAUGUAUUUAUUUGGUGGUUUUUCAACAAUGAUUGAUGAUAAUGAUAUAAAAAGUCAAAUUGAACGAGGUUUAACAACAAUAUUUCUUUAUGCACUUCGAACAAAUAAAUUUCUUUCAACUAUUGAUCUAUUCAAUUCAAAUGAAGUUUCGUCUGAAUUAAGAAAUGAAAUUAAUUAUGCUAAAGCUUGUUUUGGACUUUAA